AUGUCUCUCAAAGCCUACUUCAAGAACGUCUUCGCUGACAACAACCGAGCUCACUACACUCCCCAGCAGCUCUCCAAGAGCCCUCGAAAGUCCGAGGACACUCUCUACGACUACACCAAUCCCGCCGGUGAUGUUGACAGCUUUGGACGAAUGACCCAGCACAAUGAAGAGUUCAACCCCAAGUUCUAUGGAAACGACACUCCUCGCACCAACCGGCCAUUUGCCGACGACGACUCCAAGAAGUUCUACCCCCGAUACUAG